GGGCUGGAGUAUUAGCUCACAUUAGGAGUCGCACCUCUGUGAAAAAGCAGCAUGACUGAGCCAGCUGGAGAGAUCUGUGAGGACACUUUGGACGCCUUCAGUCUCUUUUCAAAGAGGAAAAAUCCAUCAAAUGCAGACAGUGAGAAAGCUGAGGAAACUGACUCUGUGCCCACCAGCAAGGCAUCAGUCUGUAACCCAUACCGUUACAAGAUGGACUACCCACACAUGGGACUCUGCCUCAUUAUCAACAAUAAGAACUUCCACCGAAGUACAAACAUGAGCACUCGCAACGGGACGGAUGUGGACGCUGCCAUUGCCAUGAAGACAUUUUCCGAACUUGGGUAUUCAAUUAAGGUGGCCACGGAUCAGACCGUAAAGCAGAUGAUGAGUCUGAUGCACAGUGCAUCCCAAGAGGACCACAGCAGUAGCGCAUCCUUCGUGUGUGUGCUGCUAAGUCAUGGCGAUGAGGGCGUGAUAUUUGGAACUGAUGGUUUUGAACAGCUUGAGAACCUGACAAAACCUUUUAAAGGACAUCGCUGCAAGACUCUGGUGGGGAAACCAAAGCUCUUCUUUAUACAGGCAUGCCGCGGCUCGGCACUGGACGACGGAACCAACCUUCAAGCUGACAGCAUCGAGGAGCAAACCUCAGAGAGGAUCCCUGUGGAGGCGGAUUUCUUAUACGCCUAUUCCACAGCCCCUGGCUACUACUCAUGGAGGAACACGCAGAACGGUUCCUGGUUCAUGCAGGCGCUGUGCGACAUGUUGCAGCGUCACAAAGGAGAGUUGGAACUGAUGCAGAUCAUGACCCGCGUCAACCACAAGGUGGCGAUGCACUUUGAAUCCAGCUCCAACCUCCCGGGAUUUACCGGCAAGAAGCAAAUCCCCUGCAUCGUCUCCAUGUUGACCAAAGACCUUUACUUUCCUAAGUAGCUUUGGUUUUUUUUGUUUUUUAAUAUAUAUUUUUAGCUUUUCAUUUGUUAGGGUUUGCCUCGACUGCAUAUAUUUUGGUCUGUGCUACUUUUAAGAAGUUAUUGCUGUAAAUCACUGUCUGGUUAGAACAUUUCACUGCACAAGUGUCAUUCAAAUGCCAGGAUACAGUUGUUGUAAAAUAAGUGACAACUAGAGGCCGCCAAAGGCACGUUUGAGUUGUAGGUCUUAAAAAAACAAAACAAAACAAACAAUACCAAGUAAAAUUCCUGGAUCUCAAUAUUCCUUUUUUUAAGCACAGACACCCUAACGUGUUUUUUAUGCUUCAGAAAGAUACACUAAAAAAUACAUGUGAAAUAAAUUGAUCAACCCAU